AUCGCCGCCGACAAGCAGUACAAGGGCAUCAUCGACUGCGUGGUGCGCAUCCCGCGGGAGCAGGGCGUCCUCUCCUUCUGGCGCGGCAACCUGGCCAACGUCAUCCGGUACUUCCCCACCCAGGCCCUCAACUUCGCCUUCAAGGAUAAGUACAAGCAGAUCUUCCUGGGCGGCGUGGACAAGCGAACCCAGUUCUGGCGGUACUUCGCCGGUAACCUGGCGUCCGGGGGUGCCGCCGGCGCUACCUCCCUGUGCUUCGUCUACCCCCUUGACUUUGCCCGAACCCGCCUGGCAGCUGAUGUGGGUAAAGCCGGGGCCGACCGGGAAUUCAGUGGGCUCGGUGACUGCCUGGUCAAAAUCUUCCGGUCGGAUGGCCUCAGGGGCCUGUACCAGGGCUUCAAUGUCUCUGUCCAGGGCAUCAUCAUCUACAGAGCUGCCUACUUCGGCAUCUACGACACUGCAAAGGGCAUGCUUCCGGACCCAAAGAAUACCCACAUCGUUGUCAGCUGGAUGAUUGCUCAGACCGUCACCGCUGUUGCCGGUUUGACCUCCUACCCAUUUGAUACGGUUCGUCGUCGCAUGAUGAUGCAGUCCGGCCGUAAAGGAACUGACAUAAUGUACACUGGCACUAUUGACUGCUGGCGGAAGAUUGCCCGGGACGAGGGCUCCAAGGCAUUUUUCAAAGGUGCAUGGUCGAAUGUACUCCGAGGAAUGGGUGGUGCUUUCGUCUUAGUCCUGUAUGACGAAAUCAAGAAGUUCACAUAAGUUAUUUCCUGUUGUGAACUGGCAUGUUAUAAUAUGUAAUCAUGGACUUGUAUGAAAACCGUCUAGUUACUAAACAGUGACGGCUGAUAUUUAUACAGGUUGGCACAGAGCAGUGGCAACUGCCUGCCCUGUCUUUAUCAAGUCAUUCCUCCUGAUGGGACCCAAACAUGGUUUCUAUUUCAGUCACUCCUGCUUAAAGAGUACGAAGAAAUAAAAAUCUUAAACC